GGUCAGGCCUCUCAUGGGUGUCAAUAAAGCAUGGCAUAUCAAGUUAAGAUAGGACUAAGCUCCUCCCUUUGUAUUGAGGCUUGGUGAGGGAAACCAGUAUGGGGAAUAGGUUCUCAAUAGCUAGAUCAAGCAUUAAAGACAGGCCCUGAUCCCCCUGCUAGGAAUUCCACAAAUAGAUGAAGCUAUACAAGUAUUACACAUGUGAAGGCCUGUGAAGGGUUUAUAAUGGUAGUACUCAUGGCUGGCUGCCACCUGCAUUGGCCACAGUGACAGAAGAGAGUGCUAGAUGCUGCAGUGGCAGAAGAAUCACAAGCCAUGGUUACCUCUUUAGAGUUUUAUUAGGAGAAAGGAGAGAGAGAGCGUGGGGUGGGGGACGGACAGACAGAGACAGACAGCACUGAGGGGAAGUACAGAGGGAAUACAAGGAGAGAGAGAGAAGAGUCCCGUGAAAGGGCACGCCUGCUUUUUAGGCUGGGACUAUGUCUCAGGCUGGUGACAUAAUAAAGACAUAAUCCUUACAGCCUACAUUGGUUCUAUGCAGCCACCCAAGCUGCUGGUCCAGGGUCUGUGAGUACCUGUGAGCCCAGAUCAGUUGUUUCUGUGGGUUCCCUUAUGACAACUUUUACUUCCCUGGCUUGUACAAUCCUUCCUUCCUUUCUCAGGAUUCCCAGUGCACGGCUCAGUGUGCGGCUGUGGAUCUUUGCAUCCAUUUCCAUCAGUUACUGGAUUAAGACUCUCUGAUAACAGUUAGGGGUCAACAGUCUAGUCACAGAAGAUGGCCAGUUCAGGCACUCUCUCCACUAUUGCUAGAAGUCUUAGCUGGAGUUAUCUUUGUAGAUUCCUCAGAGUUUCCCACGCAGAAUAUACAUUAACUGUCUUGUAGUUUUUCCUUUCUUUCUUUCUUUCUUUCUUUUUUUUUUUCACUUAUGUAGCCAAGAUUUUUCAGGAGGUUUCUGCCAAACAAAUAUGAUCUUCAUUAAUUUUGAAGAGAUCCAAAGCUUUUUGUUUCAUGUGGAAAGGAAAGCAUGACCUCUCCACGAAUGUAGCAUAUUUCCUGACUUCCAUUUUGAAGUUAACACAUUCUUAAAAUAUAUAGGCUGGUUUAAUAUUGCAGUUGUUGUUUUGUUUGUUUUUAACAACCCAGUGUCUCUCCAGCAUUUGCCUUUUGUGCAUCAGCAUUCAAAAAUUUUGAAGUCAGCAAAGCAUCAUUGGAGGUUCCAAGUGCCCUGUGUAUUUCCCAUCCUUAUGUUACUUUUUUAUUAUUAUUACUUUAUUUUUUCGUUAAAGACUUCACUUUAUUAUUUUUAAAUGAUUUACUGAUUGAUUGAUUUUAUUAGGACUUUCUGUGCCCCCCUCCUUUUUUUUUUUUCUUUAUCACCUAAGCACAUUUCAAGCACAGUGUAACCUGUUCGGAGGUUUUCUUGGCCAGGAUCUGACUUUCUGCAUGUCUGCACAGGCUUCUUUGACUGCAUGAGCCAAACCUUAACCUGCUAAGCUCUGCACAUGGCCUGGUGGCUGUCUCUUCCUCCUUUGGCCUAACCAUCCCAGCCACUCUUCAUCAUCCCAUCUCUGGAAAGUUGCUGAGACCAAGAUGGCUACCUAGCGAGAUGGCUGCCCAAGUGCUCUGCUGUACAGCGGGCCCUUUUAAAGGAGCCUUGCCUUUGUACACCUUGAGAAGUGAGCCUACCUGAUAGACCAUAGUCACAAGAAAGCCAAGUUUAAAACAUUUAUUUGUUUUCAACUUUCAACUUAUAUAGGUAUUCCAUAUGUCGAUUUACUUGCUGGACAUUGGGUGCCAAAUGCUUUCUUGUCAGACUAUAUUUGGGUUGUCAACCCUCAAAUAAUGAAUGACAUGGAGACUUAUUAGUUAUGAAAGCUUGGCUUUAGCUUAGGCCUUUUCCCAACUAGCUCUUCUAACUUAAAUUAACCUGUCAAUGUACAUUCUGUCACAUGGCUCAUGUUACCUUUGCUCUGUACCCUGUGUCUGACUUCUUUAGAGUUGCUGGCAUCCCCUGCUUCUCUCUCUCUCCCUGAGCGUUCUGUCUAUUUUUUCCUGCCUAGCUGUUGGCCAUCCAGCUCUUUAUUAAACCAGCCACAGUGACACAUCUUCACACAGUGUAAACAAAAUUCUGCAACAUACUGACAUACUGCUUGUCUAAAUUAGUGGGAGAGGGUAAACAUUCCAUAUAUGUUUACUUUGUGCCUUGAUAAUGCUCACCCUCUGGUUUUCUAUCAUCCUUUUCUCCUUCCCUUGACGGAUAGACCCUCUUCUACUUUAUGAAUUUUUUGUUCAGCCUUUUUAGAAAAUUUUCCAUAUGUAAGACAGAAUGUGCUGCAUUUGUCUUUGUGUUUGAUUUAGUUUGCUUAACAGUGAUUUCCAGUUCUGUCAGUUUUUCUAAUGAGUAAUAGUAUUCCAUUUAUUCUUUGAGACUGAAUAAUACUCUAAUAUGUAGAUGUAUGCACCAUUUUCUUUAUUCAUCUGUUGAUGAACAGGAAGGCUGAUUCCAUGUCUAGGCUAUUGUGAGCCUUACUAUCAUAAUCAUGGUUAUACAGUUAUGUUUUCUAUACAGUGACUUCAUUUCUUUCUUGCAUACACAAACACAGGCAUAGCAUGGCUAAAUGUUAUGUUUAUUUUAUUUUGUACUAUUUUUGUAAUAGAAACCCCUGUUUAUUCUUAGUAGGAAAGUGUUUAUCAUUAUACAACAUGGCAUUUUAUUUUUAAUCCACAUUUUUUAAUUAUGUGUAUAUGUGCAUUGUGUACUGGGAGUGUGUGUGUAUGCACAUGUGUUCAGGUGCCUACACACCUGCAGAGUUCAGGUAAAAGUGUUGGGUAUCAUGGAGCUGGUAUUUUAGGUGGUUGUGAAUUGUCCAGUGUGGGUGCUGGGAACUCAAGUCAACUCCACUGCAAGGGUAGUAUAUACUCUUAACCACUAAACCAUUUCUCUAGCUCCUACAUGUAGCAAUUUAUGAGCUUAUGUAUUUGUGAUUUGCCUGGUUAUUUUAUCAUAGAAUGUUACAAAUGUUUUAUAAUAUUUUCUAAGCCCAACAGGUGAUUGUUUUCUGUGUGUGUUGUGCAGUAUAACUGACAUGCACUGCUUGUUAAUGUUGAAAAAAUGAUUGUCAUGAAUGGGUAUAGUCAACUCUCCUGAACAUAUAAUUAAAGAUUUACCACCAAAAGAGAGUGGCGAUUCAGGAGAAAUAGACCAGAAAAUGGUGUCAGAAAGAUAUAAAAGCAGUGACAUUGAAGACUUUUUCUUCAGAGGAAUCCAGAAGAACAUACAGGAUUUUGAGUUUCGGUGGAAAGACAGUGAAAGGAAGUAUAAAUCCACCCAUAGUAAACAUCAAGAUAGUAGGAAGAAGACAGGAAAAUGCAUAAGGAACCUACUUGAACUGCAGCCAUUUCCAUCUGCAGAGAAUAUUGAUGAUAAUGAAGUUAAGUCUAUUACCAGUGUUUCUUCAAUUUUAUUAUCUCAAAGAAUUCCUCUCACUGGUGUCAAAGCACACAUUGUUCAUGAAUAUGAUGAUGAUAUUUAUUGUUCACUACUUAUGAAAAAACAGAAAGCACACAUUAAGGAAAAACCUUAUCAAUGUAAUGAGUGUGGCAAGGUCUUCAGUUAUACUUCUUCUCUGGCACAUCAUCAGCAAACUCAUACUGGAGAGAAACUUUACAAAUGUGUUGAAUGUGGUAAGGCUUUUUUUCGACGUUCUUAUCUUUUGGUACACGAGAGGCAUCAUACUGGAGCAAAACCUUACAAAUGUAAUGAAUGUGGCAAGGUUUUCACACAGAAUUCACACCUUACAAGUCAUCGGAGAGUUCAUACUGGUGAGAAACCGUACAAGUGUAACGAAUGUGGCAAAGCCUUUAGUGUUCGUUCAAACCUAACUAAUCAUCAGGUAAUUCAUACUGGAGAAAAACCUUACAAAUGUAAUGAGUGUGGCAAGGUCUUCAGUCAAACUUCAAGCCUUGCGAUUCAUCGGAGAACUCAUACUGGAGAGAAACCUUACAGGUGCAACGAGUGUGGAAAAGUCUUUAGUUCACAUUCAAACCUAAAUACACAUCAGAUAAUCCAUACUGGAGAAAAACCCUACAAAUGUUCAGAGUGUGGUAAGGUCUUUACUCAGAAUUCACACCUUGCAAAUCAUUGGAGAAUACAUACAGGAGAGAAACCAUACAAGUGUAAUGAGUGUGGAAAGGCCUUUAGUGUGUAUUCCAGCCUCACUACCCAUCAGGCAAUCCAUACUGGAGAAAAACCUUACAAGUGUGAUGAAUGUGGCAAGGUCUUUACUCAAAAUUCACAUCUUGCAAGUCAUCGUGGAGUCCACAGUGGGGAGAAACCUUACAAGUGUGAAGAAUGUGGCAAAGUCUUCAGUCAGACUUCAAAUCUUGCAAGACAUUGGAGGGUUCAUACUGGAGAGAAGCCUUACAAAUGCAAUGAAUGUGGCAAAGCUUUUAGUGUGCGUUCAAGCCUAACUUCCCAUCAGGUAAUCCAUACUGGAGAAAAACCUUACAAAUGUAAUGAAUGUGGCAAGGUCUUUAGUCAGACUUCAAGUCUUGCAAUUCAUCAGAGAAUUCAUACUGGGGAGAAACCUUACAGGUGCAAUGAGUGUGGAAAAGCCUUUAAUUCACAUUCAAACCUAAAUACACAUCAAGUAAUCCAUAGUGGGCAAAAACCCUAUAAAUGUCUGGAAUGUGGCAAGGUCUUUACUCAAAAUUCACACUUGGCUAAUCAUCGCAGAACCCAUACAGGAGAGAAACCUUACAAGUGUAAUGAGUGUGGCAAAGCCUUCAGUGUGUACUCAAGUCUGACUACUCAUCAGGCAAUCCAUACUGGAGAAAAACCUUACAAGUGCAAUGAAUGUGGUAAAGUUUUCACUCAAAAUUCACACCUAGCAAGUCACCGUAGGACUCAUACUGGAGAAAAACCUUACAGGUGUAAUAAAUGUGGUAAAGCCUUUAGUGUGCGUUCAAGCUUGACUACUCAUCAGGCAAUCCAUACUGGAGAAAAACCUUACACAUGUAGUGAGUGUGGCAAAGUCUUUAGUCGAAGUUCCAACCUUGCAAGUCAUCGGAGACUUCAUAUUGGACAGAAACAUGAAUGAAUAUAGCAAUGUCUUCAGCCACAGUUCACUUGCACAUAUCCAGGAAUGCAAUCUUAAGAAAAUACUAUUUUUAAUGAUAGAAAAAACACCCAUCAAGAGUUCAAGUAUAUCACUGGAUGUGGUGGUAUGCAUGUAAACCACACAAUACUUGUCAGGCUGUUGUGAGACCAUCAGCCACCUAUGAUGUAUAGGAAGAACUUAAAUUUUAAAAGAAGUCAAGCUUUUAUAGACAUAUAUUAAGAAGCCAUUUCAUUCAUGUACAGCACAUGCUUUAUUACAUGACUCCCACCUCUAGAAAUACCAAAAUACACAUCGCUCAUGAAAUUGUCCACUUGGCACUUACUAAGGAAGGUGCUUAAUGACCAUUAUUGUGAAGGGUUUAUCAGAGUAAUAAAUCUAUUUCCAUAGCUUUGUUACAGUGUACAGAAUAAUUGUUAAAAAACAACUAAAAAUCAAAAUAAAUUAAAACAUAUAUAUGGAAGUUGGAA